AGCGUUAGUGUGAAGUGUCCUCGUCAUUGAUGCCUUACGUCCUGACUAUUAGUUCUUGCUCAACAGCUGGGAGCAGACACACCCACCGCUCUCUCCCAGCCUGUGUAAUAACACAGUCACUUCCUUCACCAACUCAGACUGCACAGCUCCGUUCGUGUUGACUGCCCAGAGUCCACGAAUACGGCCUUGCACUUUCCUCCACCUCCCCCUUCAGUUACUCCAGCUAAGCGGUCUUUGCCUCCCGUCCCGUCUUUGGACCUGCAGCAGCACAUCUCCACGGCAGACACAUUCCAUCGGCCUCCUCUGCCCCCGUUCAGACAUGUCACUCCACAGUUUUGGCCUGGAGCCACUCUCCUGCCACGCCUGGAACAAAGAUAGGACCCAGAUUGCAGUGAGUCCCAACAACAACACAGUGAACAUCUACGAGAAGAAGGGAAAGGACUGGGUGAAGAUCCACGAGCUGAACGAGCACAGCGGACGGAUCACUGGUAUUGACUGGGCCCCAAAGUCCAACCGCAUCGUGACCUGUUCCUCUGACCGAAACGCUUACGUGUGGACUCUGAAGGACGGGGUGUGGAAACCCACGCUGGUGCUGGUGCGCAUCAACCGUGCAGCCACGUGUGUGAAGUGGUCUCCUCAGGAGAACAAGUUUGCUCUGGGCAGCGGAGCUCGACUCAUCUCCGUCUGCUACUUUGAGAAGGAGAACGACUGGUGGCUCAGUAAGCACAUCAAGAAGCCCAUGCGUUCAACGGUCCUGAGUCUGGACUGGCAUCCCAACAACAUCCUCCUAGCUGCAGGGUCUGCAGACCUCCACUGCAGAGUUUUCUCAACCUUCAUCAAGGACAUCGAGGACAAGCCCGGACCCACAGCCUGGGGGGCAAAGAUGCCUUUUGGUGAGGUGAUGCUGGAGCACAAGGACUGUGGGGGCUGGGUGCACAGUGUCUCCUUCUCACCCAGUGGUGACCAGCUCGCAUGGGUGGCCCACAACAGCAGCAUCUCUGUGGUCGAUGCUGCACAGAAGAAGGAGGUAACCCAGCUGACCACUGAGUACCUGCCGCUGAUCAGUGUCCUGUAUGUCAGCCCCACUGAGAUUGUUGCUGCGGGCCAUGACUGCUGUCCAUACCAGUUCACCUACCAGGGUCCGGCUAGCCUGAAGUUUGUGAAGAAGCUGGACAUCCCUAAACAAACGUCCAAGGGCAGCAUGUCUGCCAUGCAGCACUUUAGAAACCUGGACAAGAAGGCCACAGAGGAAGACAGCAGCGAGGUGACCACCCUUCACCAGAACAGCAUCACGCAGCUGUGUGUCGUGUCAGGGGAGAGGAACAGAGUGGAGAAGUACAGCAGUGUUGGUCUGGACGGAGCCAUGAUCAUCUGGGACUUUAAGCAUUAAAGUGACACGACGGCUGUGAUGUCAGACUCGCCGAGGAGUCCGUCCGCUCGCCGACUUCUUUGGACACGCUGGGUGUGGAAACGAACCUUUGGAUGUCUGAGGAUUAAACGUCUUUGAUCAAAUAAAGACAUCAUUAUGGUGUAUGUCAACGUUG